AUGUACGUCUCUGAUGGCUACGGACAGUCGCGGGUGCACCGAAUGACUGCCGAUGGCGAGGUUAUCGUUUCAUGGGGGGCACCCGGCACGGGACCUGGAGAAUUUAACCUCCCGCACGAUGUUACCGUCGACCAUAAUGACCUCGUUUAUAUUCUCGAUCGUGGGAACCUUCGCUGUCAAAUUUUUAACAACAACGGCGAAUACUUGACUGAGUGGACAGACCUCCGUUCCCCGAACGAUCUCUUCAUUGAUAGUGAUAACAUCAUUCACAUCGCUGAAGGUGGGCAGCGCAUCAGCAUUAUGACGCUUGAGGGUGAAGUCAUCGGACGGUGGGGUGAGAAGGGAGAUGCUCCCGGACAAUUCAGUGAUUCCCCGCACGGCAUCUGGAUCGAUUCAAACGGGAACAUCUAUGUCAGUGAAGUCGUUGCUGACAGGCGUUUCCAGAAAUUUGCAAGGGUUUAG